AUGAAAAUCGCACUUAAAGUACACAAGGUUUGGGAAGCGAUCGAAGAAGAAGUAACCGAAGGAGAGAAGAAUGACAUGGCGAUGGCGUUAUUGUUUCAAUCCAUACCAGAAGUCUUAAUUCUCCAAGUUGGCGAACUAAGCACCGCCAAGAAAGUAUGGGAAGCAAUCAAAACUCGACAUGUAGGAGCUGAAAGAGUUAAAGAGGCAAGGUUACAAACAUUGAUGGCUGAUUUUGAUCGCUUGAGUAUGAAAGAAACAGAGUCAGUCGAUGAGUUUGGAGGAAAAUUGUCCGAGAUCGUGUCAAAAUCUGCAGCUCUAGGAGUCAGCAUAGAAGAACAAAAGUUAGUCAAGAAAUUUCUAACCAGUCUACCACGGAGGAAGUAUAUUCAUAUUGUGGCUUCUCUUGAGCAAGUACUAGAUCUAAAUAAUACAAGCUUUGAAGACAUCAUGGACCGUAUGAAAGCUUAUGAAAGUGAAGAAGAGGAACUACAAGAGGAGCAAAACAAACUGAUGUAUGCGAACUCCGAGCUACAAGCUAUGCAGUCUAACCAAGAUUACAACAUAGACAAUCGAUACUAUCGUGGCAGAGGACACUACGUUACUGAUUGUCCUGACCGUAUCCUUAAGUUGCAGGAGGCUCAGGAGACCGACAAUAGCGACACUCAGGACGCAGAUGAGUUGAUGAUGCAUGAGGUUGUCUAUCUCAAUGACCAGAACUGUGUCCCCGAGAAGGAUGAAACAUGUAUGGAUGCAGAAGACAUAUGGUACUUAGACAAUGGAGCCAGCAAUCACAUGACAGGAGAUCAAAGGUACUUCUCAGAGAUAGACAAACUUGUCACGGGAAAAGUAAGGUUCGGUGACGAUUCCAGAAUUGAUAUUAAAGGAAAGGGGACUAUCUCCUUCAUAGAUAUGAAUGGGGAAGCAAGGAAGAUGAAUGAUGUGUAUUUCAUACCUGAUUUGAGGAGAAAUAUAAUCAGUCUCGGUCAAGCAACGGAGUCGGGAUGUGAUAUAAGACUGAGAGGAAACCAUCUCACGAUGCAUGACAAACAUGGAAAGCUCCUUAUUCAAGCCAACAAAUCGAAGAAUCGGCUCUACAAGGUUGUAUGUGAAUCAAAGACUCAACGCAGCUAUGUUUAA